AUGGAGAAACCCUUUUGCCUUUUCUCGAUAUACAUUGUGUUCUUGGUGCUGUUUUGUUCACUUGUUUCACAUGCAAGACCUAUCCCUCAAACAGACCCAAAUUAUUUCAAGUUUGUGUUAAAUGCCACUGAAUUUCCAUCAGAGGACUACUAUGAUUACAUUGUAGUUGGAGGAGGCACCACUGGUUGCCCAUUGGCUGCGACAUUGUCACAGUCGUAUAGAGUUCUUUUACUUGAACGUGGUGGUGUUCCUUUCGGAAAAUCCAAUGUGAUGAGUCAAGAUGGCUUCUUGUCGACACUAAAUGAUGUGGAUACCUUUGAUUCACCUGCCCAAGCCUUCACGUCGGAGGAUGGUGUACCUAAUGCAAGAGGUCGGAUUCUUGGCGGGAGCAGUGCCAUCAAUGCUGGAUUUUACAGCCGAGCCGACCAAGCUUUCUUUCAGCAAUCGGGUGUGGAUUGGGACCUCAAUGUUGUGAAUCAGUCCUAUGAAUGGGUUGAGAAGGCAGUUGUGUUUAGGCCAGAGCUUAGAAACUGGCAAUCUGCUGUUAGAGAUGGACUUUUGGAGGCUGGGGUUGAACCAUAUACUGGUUUCAGUUUGGAUCAUGUGGUUGGCACAAAGAUUGGUGGCUCAACCUUUGACGGUUCAGGGAGGAGGCACAGUGCUGCUGAUCUUCUUAACUAUGCAAAUGCAGCCAAUAUUCAAGUUGCUGUGUAUGCAAGCGUGGAAAGAAUCCUAUUGGCAUCCACUUCUCAGUAUUCAAGGUCUCAGCUGUCAGCUAUUGGAGUGGUUUAUCGCGAUAAGAGAGGACGGUAUCACCAUGCAAUGGUGCGUGAAAAAGGUGAAGUGAUGCUAUCUGCUGGUGCCAUUGGGAGUCCACAGUUACUUCUUUUAAGUGGCAUUGGUCCAAGGUCUUACCUUUCGUCUAUGGGCAUUCCAGUGGCCUACCAUCUUCCAUAUGUGGGGCAAUAUCUCUACGAUAAUCCUCGCAAUGGGAUCUCAAUUGUGCCUCCAAUGCCACUGGAGCAUUCGCUGAUUCAGGUAGUUGGUAUUACUGACGUGGGAGCUUAUCUUGAAGCAGCUUCAACAGUUAUCCCCUUUAUAUCCCCUGCUCGUGCUGUUUUCAUUAGGACACCUUCAUCACCUUUAUAUCUCACAGUGGCCACCCUUAUGGAGAAAAUUGUUGGCCCGCAAUCAACUGGGUCACUAAGGCUGGCUUCCACAGAUGUUAGAGUGAAUCCAAUUGUGCGCUUCAAUUACUUUUCCAAUCCUGUGGAUCUAGAAAGGUGUGUGAAUGGCACACGUAAGAUUGGGGAUGUGCUGAGGAGUAGGACUAUGGAGGAGUUCAUGUUCCGGGAAUGGUAUGGAGCUCGAAAUUUCCGGUUUGUGGGGCCUCCAUUGCCUGUAGACCAUUCUGAUUUUUUUCAGAUGGCUGACUUUUGUCGCCGGACUGUUAGCACCAUAUGGCAUUACCAUGGGGGAUGUGUUGUGGGAAAGGUAGUUGAUCGUGAUUACCGCCUCAUGGGUGUUGGUGCACUUCGAGUUGUCGAUGGCUCGACAUUGACUGUGUCGCCAGGGACCAAUCCUCAGGCUACUUUGAUGAUGCUUGGGAGAUAUCUUGGCCUAAAGAUAAUCAGAGAGAGGAUGACAUUUAAUUGA